AGUAAACAACAGCAUUUUAACACAUAAGUUGAAAUGUUGCCCAACGCCUUUGAACAUACCAUAAAAAGUUAGCAGAAUGGAGCCAGAAAAUGAUGCUAAUGUCAAUCAUACACAAGAAGAAGAUGACGUUGAUUGUUUUUUUCUGCAACCGUCUUCUUCUCCUUAUAACAUAACGGAAAAAGUACAACAGGCCAAUAUCGAUCUAUUUUCUUCCAGUCUAUAUCCAAAUAGUGGAAAAAUUUUCAAAGUUAAAUUCAAAGAAGACUUAUUUUUAUUUGAACCUGACUUAACCGAUGAAGAUGUUAAUAGUAUAGAAAGCGACCACAUCGAAGAUAUCGAACAUGACAAUCAACUGAUCUGUGAGUAUAAAACUGUGAAUAUUUCAGACAUCGAAGAAGUAGCAGAAGAUUUAGAAGAUGAAGAAAUUAUAGAGAGUAUUAACACGGAUUUUACCGAGAUAGUUUCUGAGAUGGGUGUUAAAAACGUAGAACACAAAAUUAAAGUAGAGAAAGAAAGAAGCGAAGAGGCUAGAACAGAUAGCAGUAAUACUAGUAAACGAUCUUCCAAAAGAAAAAAGAGUGGAUCAAAGAAAGUUCGUAAUAUUGGCGAAGUGCAUUGUAAAGACCAUUGCAUUGACAAAUUAGACAUUGACUUACCGAUGUAUAUUAAAAAAUUGGAGAUUCAUGAGAAAGCCACAAACCUUCCACCGCUACAGCUUAUACAAAGGAAAUGUUGUGACGAGAUUAAGCAUAGAAAUUUACCAAACUACAAUGGACAUAGGUCUGAAUACGGUUUAAGUUCUAGGCAACUGGAGAAUAUUCAGAAACAAAAGGAACUACUUAAAAUUAAAGAAGAGACCAGACAACGAUUACUAGAAGAAUAUGCACAGAGAAAAAUUCAACAAAAUGAAGCAGUGUUCUGCCAGUGGUUAAAAGAAAUAGCGAAAAGGAAACAAGAAACUCAAAAAUUAAAUAAAAGUAAAUCAACUGAAACUCAUACAACAGUAAAACAGUCGUAUAGUCCAACAGUGAUCAGUCUUCCUAAUAAGACUACAGGUAGGAUGAAAGAGAGACCAAAAACUGCCAAUGAGUUUGUUCCAAAAACUCAGAUUAAAAAACCUCGAAGACCUCACACCUCAUCGACCUGCGUGUAUAUUGAAGUACCACCUGAUCUGCUGAGAAGAGGUAUCAAUAUUGGGGAUUUACUAGUAACUAAUUCCAAAUUAUUGUCGAAAAAGUUGCAUAUACUGGCAGUUUCAUAAUGAAUUGUAUUGUUCUGCUUCCCUUUUUAUAGAGAUAUUCUUAAAGAUAUUCCCUUCUUUAUAAUGCUUUAUAGGUGUGUGCUGUUAAAACGCAACAAAUUAUUUUUUGUAAUAAAAAUUAGAGUUAUUUUAAUAUAAAGUAUUUUAUUAUAAAUUUAUUAAGAGACAGAGAGGACCUAAAAUUUUGUAAUGCAAGGAUGGCUACUAAAAGCUUGGGACAGGUAAGCAAAAAUAAAUCGCUCACCGACGGCAACAGUGGCAUAUCCCAAAAAACUUUUAAUUGUGUUAAUUUUUAUAGUUCUUCUUCUUCUUUUUGUUUAGACAUGAGUUUGUCUGUUGUUCAAUGUUCCUCCAAUAAGUUUUCCUACUCAUCCACUGAUUGUUUUUUUAUUGGGGACCGUCUCUCGCUGUCUUUGGGUAUCUACUAGUCUAGUCGCAACAUAGGGGUUCCCGUGGGCACUUUUAGCUUGCCGCGAUUUUAUGGUGGUAUUAUAAGUUUUUUGGGUCGCUGAA